AUGAAUAGAGGGAUCACUCUCUGGGCCAACUGGGGCUUGAUCGGUGCGGUUAUCGCGUGGGCUGUUGCAUCGAUAGUCGCUCUUGCAGCACGAUGCUCAUCGCCUCAUCCAUGGAGCUUUGUGGACGGAAAAUGCGAUUACCAGGUCGCCAUGUUUCAAGGAAUUGGUGCAGUCAAUAUUAUCACUGAUGUGGCCUUGGUUUUUUUGUCCUGCGCCGUGCUCUGGACUGUGCAAGUAUCUUUGGGCAAGAAAUUGCGAAUCAUCAGUUUGCUUGCGAUCCGCCUCGUCGUCGUUAUUGCGGUGGCAUUCCAGAUACACUACUACAUCAUUCUCUCACAGUCCGCCGACAAAACAUGGGCACAGAUGAAUGCAAGCAUUUGGGAUCAAGCUGUGUUGAAUCUCAGCAUAAUCGCAACCUCAAUCCCAUCCCUGGGCCGUCUCGCCCACGAGUUGCAACCAAAUGUCAACGCCUUCGCAAUGACCGAGAACCACGGUCUUCGAUCUCGCGACAAAUACGCAAUAUCAUCGCUAGCGAACCAUUACCCACGCGAAACCGCCGAGCAGAAUAUGCUAGGCACGCAUACUUCCAUUCAUGGAAGUGUCGAUGGUGAAACGGAGAGCAUGGAAGGACUCGUCAGAGAUGGUAUUCAGCAAAAUGUUUUCAUAUCAAGGACUGUAGAGCUCAAAGUUGAGUAG